CCAAUUGGCCUGUGUGGAGACUGGAGAGCAAAACUCUGCUGCCCUUUGCCUCACUGUUUCGCUACGCCCCCUAAACCUAGCUCGUCUCCCCCACCGCCGGCCGCCACGAAUGGCCUCGCCUUCGCUUACCCCCGCCGCCCAUCCGCCGCUCCCGGACGCCGAUUCCCCUCCGCCGCUCCCGGACGCCGAUUCCCCUCCACCGCCACCGGACGACGACGCCCCUCCGCCGCCGGCCCAGGAUCCGCAGGCGUCCCUCCCGGCCGACCUCCUCGAGGACAUCUUCCUCCGCCUCCCGACCACGUCCGACCUCGCGCGCGCCUCCGCGGCCUGCGCCGCCUUCCGCCAGAUCGUGACCGCCCUCCCCUUCCGCCGCCGCUUCCGCUCCGUCCACCGACCCCCGGUCCUCGGCUUCCUCCGGGACGACUUCUACCCUUGCAAGCCUCCCCACGCCUCCGCCCCGGCCGCUCGCGCGCUCGCGCAGGCCGCCGACUUCGCCUUCUCCUUCCUCCCCAACGCCGCCGGUUGGAGCCCCCGCGACGCCCGCGACGGCCGCGUCCUCUUCUCCGCCGUCCCCGCCUCCCACGGCCGCGGCGACUUCGCGGACGCCACCUCCACCACCUUCGUGGACCUCGUCGUCUGCGACCCUCUCUCCCGCCGCUACGUCCAGAUCCCGCCCGUCCCGGACGACGUGGCGGCCUCCAUCGAGGGCUGCGGCAUGCUGGAUUUCGAGCCCUUCCUAGCCCCAGCCAGCAGCGAGGACUUGCAGGAGGUGGAGCCGCCCUUCAGGGUGAUCGGCAAGGUGCUGUGCGAAACCAAGGUUGCCGUCUUCGCCUUCUCUUCACGCACCGGCAAAUGGAGUUGCCAUGGCUCAAGCGCUCUGUCCAAUGACGUUGUGCUGGAUGCAUUGUAUGAACGGCGCCACUACGUGCACGGCUGCUUCUGCUGGCUGUUGGAAUGGAUGGAGAAGUUGCUCAUGCUCGAUGCACAUACGAUGGAGUUCUCCAUUAUCGACCUCCCGCCUGGCAACGAUGAGAGACGGCUCGCCAUUCUGGAGGCAGGAGAAGGCAGGCUCGGUCUAUUAAACAUUGGUAGGAACACAUUGGAUCUAUAUUAUAAGGUUUGGCGGAACAGAGGUGAUGGCAAGCAAGAGUGGAAGCACGAGACGAUGGAACACCCCUUGCCAGACUAUCACUGGCGUAUCAUAGGAUCAGAUGAGGAGUACUUGCUCCUGAGAGGGAUUUCACUAGAUUGGCCCUGGUUCGGAAACUCUUCGUCGCAAGGCCCAGAUAUAGAGUAUUUUGCACUAGAGCUCAAGGCACUGCGGCUUGAGAGGAUGUAUGUAUCGAAGCACAAAAUGUUGCACGCUCAUCUGUAUAGAGGCUUCUCACCAGCGUUCUCGUCACCGAGUAUAUGAAGUGCCCUGCUCUUAAUGAAAGGAGUUGUUGAAGUUGAUCUGCUCAUACAUGUUCUGCAGUAAAGUGGACUUUGGGUGGUACAAUGAGGAUCCGAUGUUGCACAUACAAUGAGGAUCUGAUGGUGCUCAUACAAUGAGGAUUUCACAUCGGCUAGGGAAAAGGAGAAAGUUCUGCAUAUAUGGAGAGCGACCCUAAGUGGCUGAGAUGCUCUGAAGGUGGGUCUCAUUUGUUUUAUUGAGAAUGGUGAGUUCAUUGAUGUUUGGAUGGAUAGAUGGAUCCCAAAUGUGAAGAGACCAAUCUGAAGAGACAGCACACAUAGCGGGUGUCUUUCUGUCACGAUCGCGGGCAUGCAGAUGACAUGUACAUCAUGCUCUGGGGGAGUGCACAUAUGCAAAUACCUUCUGGUUAUCCAUGAAGGAACAAGCCAGAAUCAAAUUGCUGCAUCUACAUCCACUCACCUGGGCUAGUGAUCUCUGGGAGCGAUGGUAAGCGCACCAUCUGAUUGCUGUUUUAUUCUCUGGCAUGUGGUUCAUAUGGUCUUCGAGGAAAAUGCAUUUCAUCAUGGUGAAGAGCCACUAAGUGUAGUUCAUGCUUGCUGGUGGGCACAACCAUCAAAGGACAGCUAUGUGCCUCUGCUGGGCAUAAUUAGUGUUAGCGCGUAGGAGAGCUUACUAAGAAGACAGGCAUGAGAGGUGCUGUCUCUAGGACACACGAUGGAAGCUUCCAACCUGGAAUACUGCAAUGGUGUACUGCAGUGGCAGGCGCCCUUACUGCCAACGCACUGUCAUAUCGAGAUGGUAUUCGCAUGGUUGCUGGCUCAGGAGCUUCGUUUGCCCAUUUGCUGAAACUCAUUCCCCAAGUUUGGUGCACCUCUGGAGAUAGAUGGGUAGUAACAGAGAGCUUUGCUUAACAGGAAUUUCGACUCCUUUGACUUUGUUUUUCGUAAACUUGAAGUCAACUUGGUUGCUCAUGUGUAAUCGAAGCAGGCGACACCUGCUGCCUGCUACUCUGGAUUGUGGCUGGAUUGAGCAUGUACCGGAUUGCUUGAUUAUUUGCAUACACCACGUAUAUCCUGGUGAUGAAUGAAUGAAAGCUCGUUCAAACAAAGGGGGGAGUAAAUCCUUUAGGCUUUGUUUGGAUGUAGACAUUGGGAAGCUUGGUAUUGUAUUGGUUCCAAUGUCAAAACCACAUGAUAUUGAUAUUGAGGUUGAAUGUCAAUAUUUAUGUUUGGAUGUUUAGAUAUGUGAAACCUAAACUUGAUAUUGGGGUUAAA